AUGCUCGCCAACGUCUUUCCCCUCGCGCUUCUCGCCCUCGCUGCUGGCGCCGACGCCACCUCCGUUGGCUUUGGCAAGGUCGGCGAAACGGUCCAGUGCCUGAGGGCUCUCACCCAGCGCUCGUGCCACUCCAAGUACACCAUCCCUUACGACUCCCCCGCCACCUGCUGCUACAAUGGCGCUUUGGGCCCGGACCUGCCCGAGUCUGGUCUCUUCCUCUCGACCCAGUUCUGGGACACUAAUCCUGCUACGGGACGUCCUGACGCCACUACAGCCCAUGGUGAAUGGCCAGACUUCUGCGACGGAACGUACCCUGCCUACUGCUCGAACGUUACGGGUAUCCCUGAGUACACAGGCGCCGAGAUCCGUGCGGUUCUGCAGAAGUACUCUCCUGAAACCUUGGCGUUCAUGGACGUCAACUACAAGGGCUACAACGGCACCGACGAGGACUUCUGGGAGCACGAGUACAACAAGCACGGUACCUGCAUCACCACCAACCGUCCUGAGUGCCAGAUCCCGCUGCCGGGCAUCAGCAGGGAGGACUUUGUCGUGCUCGAGUACUUCAAGCAGAUCGUCCGCAGGUUCAAGGCCCUCCCGACCUACGACUGGCUCGCCGAGGCCGGCAUCGUCCCCUCGACGAACACGACCUACUCGCUCAAGUCGAUUCAGGACGCCCUCGCCAAGAAGCACGGCGGCAUCCCCUACAUCGGCUGCCGCAAGGGAGAGCUCAACGAGUUCUGGUAUUUCGAUACUGUUAAGGGCCAGUUGUCGUCGCCGCUCGCUCACUUCUACCCGGAGAACUCGACGACAAAGUCCAACUGCCCCGAGCAGGUCAAGUACCUGCCCAAGGUCUUCUAG